UAUUACACCACCUCGGACGCCGUCAUCGCCUCCGAGAGCGUCUUCGUGGUGGAGAUUUCCCUGGUCUGCAAAAACGGCGCCCAGAACGUGGCUCUUUACGCCGAUGUGAACGGGAAGCAGUUCCCGGUGACCCGCGGGCAGGACGUGGGCAGGUACCAGGUGAGCACGGGGGGCUCAGGUGAGGGGAUUCGGGGGGCUCAGAUGAGUUGGGUGGGGCCUCUGGUGACCCCAAAUUCCCCACAGGGCGCUUGGAACGGUCCCUGGGUGUCCACAGAGGUGGUGGCAGCGGCCAUCGGGCUCGUGGUUUAUUACCUGGCCUUCAGCACCAAGAGCAGCAUCCAGGCCUAGAAAACUCAAAAAAAACC